CCCCCUCGUCGGUCUUUGGUAUUGGGCUAACUCAGAUCUUGGUGUGGUGUAAGCAUUCAGUGAUUAUCACGUUGUAGUAGUUUUGUAGGGGUUAUUUUAUUUUCAAGGAAUUUGCAUAGGAACUUCCUUUUAUAAUGAAACCUUUACUUCUUCAAGGUCAUCAGCGUUCCAUUACACAAAUUAAGUACAACCGUGAAGGAGAUCUACUAUUCUCUGCAUCUAAGGAUCAAAUUCCUAAUGUCUGGUAUUCGCUGAACGGAGAGAGAUUAGGAACUUUCGAUGGACAUCAAGGAGCUGUUUGGUGCAUUGAUGUUAACUGGGAGUCAACCAGGUUCAUGUCUGGUUCUGCAGACGCCUCACUUAAACUGUGGGAUUGUUCCACAGGAAUUGAAAUUGGCAACAUUCCCACAAAUUCCUCAGUGAGAACUUGUAAUUUUAGUUAUUCCGCAAACAUGGCUGCCUUCUCUACUGACACUGCUCGUAAACAAAUUUGUGAAAUCAUUAUUGUUGAUGUCAGGAAUGCUGAUAAGUCAAUAGAAAAUCAAGAUGCUAUUCUUAGGAUAAAAGUUGGUGACUGCAAAGUCACAUCUCUCCUGUGGGGACCUCUAGAUGAGACUCUCAUUUCUGGACAUGAAGAUGGCAAAAUUGUCCAAUGGGAUCUAAGAACAGGCAAGGAGAUUACUAGUGUGAAAGGACACGUAGGUCUGAUCAACGACAUGCAGAUGAGCAAGGACCAAGCAUUCUUCGUGACAGCGUCCAAGGAUAACACAGCUAAGCUGUUCCUCACUGACCAGCUAAACCACAUCAAGACUUACAAGACCGAACGACCUGUUAACAGUGCAGCUCUCUCUCCCAUCCUGGAUCAUGUGGUGUUGGGUGGUGGUCAGGAAGCCAUGGAUGUGACAACCACCUCUGCAAGGGCUGGCAAGUUCGACUCACGUUUCUACCAUUUGGUAUUUGAAGAAGAGUUUGGACGAGUGAAGGGACAUUUCGGUCCCAUCAACAGCCUUGCAUUCCACCCUGAUGGCAAGAGUUACGCCAGUGGAGGAGAGGACGGAUACGUCAGGCUCCACACAUUUGAUUCAUCGUAUUUUGAUUUUGGUUUUGAUUAUUAAACUCUGGUAAAUAUUGUGAAUAUAUAAGUUUUUACAGUGUAA